AUGUUUUCUAAAACUCGUAAUCAACGUACUUCAAUAAAACAAGUUCCAACUACGGAUUCAUCCUCUGUAUCAACAAAAGAUCGAUCGCCGGUGACAACGACAGCAUCAUAUCAAAUAAAUUCAAAUUCAUUUUCGUUACCUGCGAACAGUACAUCUACUCAACCAACAACUCAAAGAUCAUUAAAUACUCGUACAUCGAAUAAUGGCAAUGAAAGUGUACGUCGUCGUUUUCUAAAUCUUCUUCGUUUUACUACUAGUCGUCCAUCAUCAUCUGUUCGUUUUUCUCGUCAACGUGAUAUAAAGUCAUCCAAGCAACAGCAGCAACAACAACAAAAUUUUUCUACUAUAUCAAUACAUGAUAAUGGUUCCAUAACAUCAUCAUUAGCGUUUAUGAAAGAUGAAUUAAUUGAAUCAGUUGCCGCAUCAGCUAAUGAACAUGUUAUUAAUAUAAUACCUUCAACAACAACAAAUCAAUUAAACGAUAAUAAUAAUAAUAUUGAAACAUGCAUUUUAUGUUGUCAUGAAUAUCCAUUAGAAGAUUUUGAACGUUUAACACUUUGUUCACAUUCAUAUUGUCGAACAUGUUUAAAAAGUUAUUUAAAAUUAGAAAUAACAGAAGGUCGUGUAACACUGAAUUGUCCACAAAGUGAUUGUCCAGAACGUAUACAUCCAAGUGAUAUAUCACGUAUAUUAGAAAAACAUCCUGAUCUUAUAUCAAAAUAUGAACAAUUUAUGGUACGACGUGUUUUACAAUCUAUAGCUGAUACACGAUGGUGUCCAGCACCUGAUUGUGGUUUUGCAGUUAUUGCAUCUGGUUAUGCAUCAUGUCCAGAAAUUCAAUGUCUUAGACCGGGAUGUAAUACAUCAUUUUGUUAUCAUUGUAAAGCAAUAUGGCAUCCAAAUAAAACAUGUGAAGAUGCUGCAAGAGAAAAAAUAUCAACAAAAAUUCGAUCAGGUUCUUUUAUAAGUCUUGCUUCUGCCCAACAAAAAGAUGAAAUAAAACAAUGUCCAAGAUGCCAAGCAUCUAUACUUAAAAUGGAUGAUGGUUCUUGUAAUCAUAUGACAUGUCCAAUAUGUGAAGCUGAAUUUUGUUGGUUAUGUGGUCGAGAAAUAUCCGAUUUGCAUUAUUUAAGCCCAUCGGGUUGUACAUUUUGGGGUAAAAAACAAUGGAGUAGAAAGAAAGUUAUUCUAUGGCAAGUUGCUACAUUAAUUGGGGCACCAGUUAUUAUUGCUUUGAUUGCUGGUGUUGCAGUACCAGGUGUUAUUAUUGGUGUACCUGUAUGGACUGGUCGAAAAAUAUUUAAAAAAUUUAAUAAAUCACAUUAUAGUAAAGCAAAAAGAAAUAUUCUCGUUACAUUAGGCGUUAUGGGUAGCGUUGUUGCAUCCCCAAUUGUUGCUACACUUGCUGUUGGAAUUGGUGUACCAAUUCUUUUGGCUUAUGUUUAUGGAGUAAUUCCAAUAUCUUUGUGUCGAACAGGUGGUUGUGGUGUUGGUACACGAAAUGAAUUGUCAGAUGGUGAUAGUCCUAAUCUAGAUAAUUUUUUACCUUUUUCUUUACGUGACGUACCUAUUGCGCGAACGAUUUUUAAUGAUAAUCAAAGUGUGAUGACACAUCCAACAAUAGGAGGCGAUUCAACUAGUUUAUCAAAUAGUGUUGUACAUCUUAUUGAUGAUAGAAGUAAUGAUAGUACAAAAGCAUUACCUGGUACAGGAGCUGUUUCACUUUGUGAAAGUUUACCACCAUCAAAUCGCCUGGAAGUUCAAGCAGAAGUUAGUGAUUGUAAAAGUUUUGAUAUUGAAAGUAUAACGAUCAGUGAAAAAUCUUCGAAAACAAUGGAUAGUCUGAAAGCAUUAGCUGGUUCGAUUAAAGAUGCAUGUACCGUGCCUGGUGUGGAAUAUAAUAAUGAUAUUAUUUGUGGUGGUACUGGUGAUUUUAGUGGACGAAAAUCAAGUCUAUUGAGUAGUGCAUCCGAUUAUGCUCGAUCGAUAAAUGUCGAACAACAACAUUCAACUUUGAAUCGAGCAGGUUCACCAAAUAGUGAUAAAACAGUUUCAUUUUUUGACGAACGUGUUAAAGUUAAAUCAAAGUAA